AUGGACAAUCAGCUCAAUGAGGUGCCAUAUCAUUCAACAACGGGCAUUUACGGGAUGAAGGUCGCACCAUUCUCAGCCGUACGGACCUUGUUACAAUUAACAGAAGACGAAGGACAUAGUUUCCCACUGGCUGUGCCAGCUAUCACUCACGGCAGGUAUGUCACUGAUAUAUUUGGUGGUGCAGAUACAAUACAACAAUUGCAGGAGGUCGCACAUCAACUAAGGGGCCUCUGCAUGGCGGGCGGCUUCCCACUAGCAAAAUGGCAUGCAACUCAUCCCGACAUACUCAAGACUGUCACCGACAGCGAAGACCAAGGCUCACAAAUCACCUUCGACGAUUGCGCAACCAAGAUACUCGGACUCAAAUGGCUCCCUCAAGAAGAUACCUUUGCAUUCUCAACCCGAAGCUCACGCUCGGAAGGCAGACUCACAAAACGCCUCGUUUUAUCUGAAGUGGCUCAGAUACUCGAUCCACUUGGUUUUGCAUCACCUGUCGUGAUCAAGGCCAAAAUUCUCUUGCAGGAGCUGUGGCUGCACAAGCUCCAAUGGGAUGAUCCACUGCCAUCCCAGCUCUCAGCCCGGUGGCUCAUCAUCAGAGAAGAACUCACAAGCCUGGCCAGGCUCUCAAUACCUCGGUGGCUCAAUACGUGGAGCGACUCGCAAGUGGAACUUCAUGGAUUCUCUGAUGCUUCUCAAUUGGCAAUGGCUGCAGUCAUAUACAUCUCCGUUCACGACUCAAACGGCGCCACGUUCUCACUUGUGUGCUCCAAGACUCAGGUAGCACCUCUCAAGCGGCUCUCAAUCCCGCGACUUGAACUCACGGCUGCUCUUCUGCUCUCUCGGCUCAUGCAAUACGUCACAGCCACUUUGAACAUGGAC